GUCAUGCAGCGCCACGACUUCGUCAGCCAGCGCUGCACCGCGCUCCAGCGCUACCUCCGCCGGCUCGCCGCGCACCCCGUCGUCGGCCGCAGCCCUGACCUCCGCACCUUCCUUACCGAGCCCGGCGCCAUCGCCGCCUUCCAAGGCGAGGCGCCGCGGCACUGGACCACCACGGUGAAUGCCGCCAUCCCAACGGUCCCGGCCAAAGCUGGGAGGGACUUAUUUGGGAUGUUUAAGGAUUUGAAGCAGACCGUUGUCAAUGGGUUGGUGGCCACGAAGCCACCGCCUGUGGAGGAGGAGACUGAUACAGAAUUCCUGUCGCACAAGUCCAGGCUCGAGGACUUGCAACAGCAGCUCACAACGACGUCUCAGCAGGCGGAAUCACUUGUUAAAGCUCAGGAUGAUCUUCGAACAACGACAGCUCAUUUGGGAAUGACAUUGAUUAAACUGGCAAAAUUUGAAAGGGAGCAGGCAACAUGUAAUUCCGAGAGAAGACGGGCUGGUGUUAUCCAACAUUUUGCAAAUUCUGUUGUCAAGUCCAGCAGAUCUCAGGCAAAAUUAAAUUCUGAAGUUGUACAACAGCUGGAUACUAUCCAUGAAUACUUGGAGAUGAUGAUAUCUGUUAAUCAUGCGUUUACUGAUCGUUCAAACGCUUUACAACAUGUGCAAAGUCUGUCAGCAGAUCUGUUUUUCUUGCACACUAGGGCAGGAAGACUUGAAUCUGUAUCAUCAAGAGGUAUUGGGCAGGAAUGGACAAGGUAUCAGAAGAUAGAGGGAUUGAAAGAAACAAUAAGCACAAGAGAAGGAGUGAAAAACCAAGCUCUUAGAGAAUAUGAAAGUAUUAAGGAAAAUAACAUGACUGAAAUUAAAAGAUUUGACAAGGAUAGGCGUCGGGAUCUUAUUGAGAUGCUGAAAGGAUAUGUUGUAAACCAGGUCUCAUAUUCGGACCAUUUUGCUAAUAUGUGGGGAAAGGUCGCAGAGGAAACUAAAGUAUACGCAAACAGGAGCAACUGAUGCAGGCAUGCAGCUUUGGUGUACAGUACUAGUAUAGCAGUGGAUUUUGCCCCUGACUUGAACACCGGCACAACCUUUCCUUUGUUCUCUCCAGUUUUGCCAUUGUGAUGCAACCUCCUCCUGAGAUCUGUACAAUUGCGCGAUAAUUUAUUGCGGCUACCCGGUCUUGUUAUAGACAAGGGACAGAAAAAAGAGAGGUGAAACAGGAGUAAUAUUUGGUUUGA